GUAAGAGUUGGGAUAUUAUGAGAUAAUUUAAUGUUUAGUGUUAAGGCGACCCUUUCUCAAUUUGUCUUCCUAAAUUCAGUAGACUUAAAAAUGAAUUUAUGAUUAUUUGAAGUUAUAAACACUAAGUAAAAAAAACAAAUAUUUUUAGUAUUUUGAUUUACGUAUAAAAAAUGGGUGAUAACUUUCAAAAUAAUAAAACAAUGGCUUCAGUAAUGAUGGAUUAUGAGUUUAAAAUAAAAACACAAAAUGAAAGAUCGAAAGUGGAAGAUUUGUUCGACUACGAAGGGUGUAAGGUCGGACGAGGAACUUACGGCCAUGUAUAUAAAGCCAGAAGAAAAGAUGGUUCUGACACAAAAGAUUACGCGUUAAAGCAAAUAGAGGGAACAGGACUUUCAAUGUCAGCUUGUAGGGAAAUUGCGCUUCUCCGUGAAUUGAAACACCCUAAUGUCAUUAAUCUUAUAAGAGUAUUUCUUUCUCAUACUGAUCGUAAGGUCUGGUUAUUAUUUGACUAUGCUGAACAUGAUCUAUGGCAUAUAAUAAAGUUCCACAGAGCAGCCAAGGCUAAUAAAAAAUCUGUGAUGGUUCCUAAAGGCAUGGUAAAAAGUUUGUUAUAUCAAAUAUUAGAUGGAAUACAUUAUUUACAUUCAAAUUGGGUCUUACAUAGAGAUUUGAAACCAGCUAAUAUACUUGUAAUGGGUGAAGGGCCGGAGAGAGGCAGAGUGAAGAUAGCUGAUAUGGGUUUUGCAAGGCUAUUCAAUGCCCCAUUGAAACCAUUAGCCGACUUGGAUCCAGUAGUAGUCACAUUUUGGUAUAGAGCUCCGGAAUUGCUAUUAGGAGCAAGACAUUACACAAAGGCUAUUGAUAUUUGGGCAAUUGGGUGUAUAUUUGCUGAAUUAUUAACAUCCGAACCUAUAUUUCAUUGUCGUCAAGAGGAUAUCAAAACCAGUAAUCCUUAUCACCAUGAUCAGCUCGACAGAAUUUUCAAUGUAAUGGGUUUCCCACAAGAGAAAGAUUGGGAGGAUAUAAGAAAAAUGCCAGAACAUGCAACAUUGGUAAAGGAUUUCAAGAGAUCUAAUUAUCAAAAUUGCUCAUUAAGUAAAUACAUGGAUCGACACAAAAUAAAGCCGGACAGUAAAGCAUUCAGUCUUUUGCAACGACUCCUACUAAUGGAUCCUAAUAGAAGAAUAACUUCGGAACAAGCGAUGCAGGAUCCUUACUUUUCUGAAGAUCCUUUACCGACACAGGAUGUUUUCGCUGGCUGUCCGAUACCUUAUCCAAAGCGAGAGUUCUUGACCGAUGAUGACCAAGAAGACAAGGGGGAGUCAAAGGCACGUCAGAAUCAACAACAACAACAGCCUAAUACGCAACAAAACCAAGUCCAAGCGAACAACCACGAUCAUGCUGCUAACAACGCUAAAAGAAUGAGGAUGGCAGGUCAAAACCAAGGAAACACUGGCGGUGGUGGAGGACAACAAGAGUUCCAUCAACAACAGCAAAUGAUGUUCGGUGGGCAACAACAAGGCGGUGGCUCUCAACAACAGGGCAAUUUUCAACAAAGAUUUUGAAUUUUUUCAAUUGAUGCAUUAUCGUUUUUUUCAAUCAAAUUUGUUAGUUAAAUGUUUUUAAGGGUUAUAAUUCCAUAUAUUUUAAUUAAGAUAAAGUAUGUUAUAAGAAUUCAACUUUUACAAUGGAAAUAUAAAAGAUAAGAAGACACAAGAUAGCCCAAUGUUUAGAGUAUGUAGACCUCAAUCGAACAUCACAGGUUCAAAUCCGGGCGCAAUUCUCUAGCAGUACUUGAUAUUGUUGUGUUCCGGUUUGAAGGGUGAGUGAGCCAGUGUAAUUAUAGGCACAAUAGACAUAAAAUCUUAGUUCCCAAGGUUGGCGCAUGAUUGGCUAUGUAAGCGAUGGUUGACAUUUCUUAGAAUGUCAAUGUCUAAGGGCGUUGGUGACCACUUACCAUCAGCUGGCCCAUAUGCUCGUCCGCCUUUCUAUUCUAUCUUCUUCUGCCUAGCGUUUCCCCGGUCUAGUAACGCCAGGGUCCGCUUUCCUGCAUCUAUGCCUCCACUUUGCCCGAUCUAAAGCGUCCUCCUUAGUGAGAUCGUGCUCUCUCAUAUCGUCCCUCACAACAUCGAGCCAGCGCUUCUUGGGCCUGCCGCGGGAUCUAGGGCCUUCGACAACAAAGUCCAGGCAUCGGUUCCCGACAUAGUCUGGUGGUCUGCGGCUAAUGUGGCCAAACCAACGCAGACGGCUUUCCUGCAACUUAUCCGCUACAUCGCAAACGCCAAGGCUACCACGGAUGUGCUCGUUACGAAUGCGAUCUAGUCGCGUAACGCAAGACAUCCACAUCCAACGCAACAUCUUCAUUUUUCCGCCUUCCUAUUCCAUAUAUAUAAAAAAAAAAUCAUGUGCUUAAUCUCUGUUUUCAUCAAGUGCAUGACUGCUUGGCUCAUGCACUUGAUCAUAUGCUUGUGAAGGAAAAUACAGUCAGAAAAUCUACACUUGUCUCUGAGGGUGAGGAAGCUUAUGCUCAGCAGUGGGAAACUGACGGCCUGUUACUUACGUGUAAAGAUGUGUCCCAUAAUUUUAUUUUAAACCUAUGUACAGUAUUAUAACGUUACAAAUAUUAACCAAUUUAUACGAAUUUUUGAAAAUUUAAACUGCAUUAUUGUUUUAUUUUAAGAAUAGAAGAUACAUAAUUAAAUUGUAAGUUUCAUAUAAAGCUUGUAACUUGAGAUUGUGUUAAUGAUCUACUGAUGACACUAGACAAAUAGCGCGGGAUAUAUUAUAGUGCACAAGUGUGCGAUGCAUAUGGGCCCUCUAUCCCUUUCAUAAUCCGAUGGAACGAGAAUCUGACUCGGCCGGAGAAAGUUUACGCAAAGGACCAACGGCUUUAGGUGCUUUCUUAAUAUGUGCUAAAAAAUUAAUUUAAAAUAAAUUUUAUUGGUAACCGGGGUUUGAACCCAGGAUCUCGGAAUCCAUAUAAACUAGCCAUUAGACCAAUGAUACAGUCGAAGAUAGGAAGAGAGAGAUUUUAAAUAGCAAACCACGGCCUUAAUAUUCAUUGAAAUCGAUAUGGAUUUAUUUAAUUGUAAAAUUUAAUGUAGCUUUUUUUUAUUUAAUGAAAUCUCAUUAUUGCUUGUAUCAGACUGAAAUGUGUAAAAUAAGGUUUGUAAAUAGAAUGUCAAGAUUUGUUACAUAUAGACGAAAAAGAAAACAAUCAAUAAACAAUAUUUUUUUUUAAUUUUAA